AUGGCGGACCUCAACAGCCUAAACGGAUCUGCGCCGGCCGCGGGCGCCGAGCCCCAGGAGACGCCUCCGCCUGCAGCGGACGCCGCGGCGGCCAACAAGAGGGAGACCCAGUCGACUACAGUCGUGCCUGGGGCCAUCGACCGAGGCGCGCUCACCUCCAAGGGGCAACUCGUGUCUCUCAUGCGAGAGAUGCGCCUGGCGAACAAAGGCGCCCUCGCGCCUCUGGCGCCGCACGCCUUCUGGGAUACGCAGCCGGUCCCUAAGCUCAACGAGCCGAAGGAAGAAGGGAAGGAGGGCCCUAUUGAGACGAAAACUCUGGAGGAGGUUCGCGCGGAGCCCUACAAGUUGCCCGACGGGUUCGUUUGGUGCGAGUGCGACGUGCAGAAUGCCGAGGAGCUCCAGGAGGUUUAUGAGUUGCUUAGCCAGCACUACGUUGAGGACGACGACAAUUUGUUUCGAUUCAACUAUUCGGCGAACUUCUUGGAUUGGGCGCUCACGGCCCCGGGCUGCCACCGAGACUGGGUGAUUGGCGUGCGCGUAGCCUCUACGAAGAAGCUCGUCGGGUUCAUCACCGCUACCCCAUCGCGCAUCCACGUCUUCUCCCACGGCAUUCCAAUGGCUGAGGUCAACUUCCUCUGCGUUCACAAGAAGCUGCGAUCCAAGCGACUCGCGCCGGUGCUGAUUAAGGAAAUCACUCGCCGCGUGAACCUGCGGAACGUUUGGCAAGCUGUGUAUACAGCUGGAGUCGUGCUGCCGACCCCCGUCGCGCAGUGCCGCUACUGGCAUCGGUCUCUGAAUCCGAAGAAACUCAUCGAAGUCGGAUUCAGCGGGCUCAGCGAGCGCAUGACCAUCAGCAGAUCUAUCAAGCUCUACCGCGUCAAGGAGACUCCGUCGACGCCAGGGCUACGACCUGCGAAGAAGGAAGAUGUUCCGCAGAUCCACAAGCUGCUUUCGAAUUACUUGAAAAGCUUCAAACUCUACUGCGAGUUCACCGAGGAGGAAGUCGCGCACUGGCUGUUGCCUCGCGACGGCGUCAUCCAUGUCUACGUGCGGGCGAACAAUAAGGGCCACGUGACGGACAUGACCUCGUUCUACGAGCUUCCUUCCUCCGUCAUCGGCAACCAGAAAUACAAGGAAAUCAAAGCUGCGUACUCAUUCUACAACGUGGCGACCACGGUUCCGCUGAAGGAUUUGAUCGAUGACGCGCUCUGCUUGGCCAAACAGCUCGACUUCGAUGUCUACAACGCGCUUGACGUCAUGGAGAAUCGCUCUUUCGUGGAGGAAUUGAAAUUCGGCAUCGGAGACGGCUUCCUGCGCUACUACAUCUACAACUGGAGGUGCCCGGAGAUGAAGCACAGCGACGUCGGGUUUGUCUUGCUUUGA